AUGCCGUCCUCUCCCAAGUUUUUCCACGCGCGCCCACAUUCCUGGAACAGCCGUCGAUUGACGGCCAUGAUACUCUGUUCGCUCGUCGGGUUCUCGUGCUUCGUCUUUGGGUUCGUCGCGAUCUCGCGGGCCGGGCUCGGUAAGGGGUGCAAAUAUGGCAAGCCUAUAUCGGUGACUGUGGCCUGGGAUAGAUCUUCGGCCGGUGGUGCGAAGGGUGGCGGCGUUUUGGGUGAGGGGCACAAGCGUCAGAAGGUGAUGGGAUUCGUGGGUGUGCAAACAGGAUUUGGAUCUGCGGGGCGCCGUAGAGUCUUGCGUCAGACUUGGUUCCCCUCUGAUCAUCAGGGGCUUCAACGGUUAGAAGAAAGCACGGGGAUGGUUUUUUGGUUUGUAAUUGGUAGAACCAGUGAUAGAUCGAAGAUGGCAGCACUUAAGAAGGAGAUUGCCGAGUAUGAUGAUUUCCUGCUGCUAGAUAUUGAAGAAGAGUACAGUAAUCUACCAUACAAAACCUUAGCCUACUUCAAAGCUGCUUAUGCUCUCUAUGAGUCUGAUUUCUAUGUCAAAGCUGACGAUGAUAUCUAUUUGCGACCAGAUCGCCUUUCCUUGCUCCUGGCCAAAGAGCGCUCUCACUCACAGACAUAUCUUGGUUGCAUGAAAAAGGGUCCUGUGUUCACUGAUCCAAAGUUAAAAUGGUAUGAACCUUUGGCACAUUUGCUCGGCAAGGAGUACUUUCUUCAUGCAUACGGUCCAAUUUAUGCUCUUUCAGCAGACGUUGUGGCAAAUUUGGCUGCCUUACGAAAUGACAGUUUCCGAAUGUUUAGCAAUGAGGAUGUUACAAUUGGUUCAUGGAUGCUCGCAAUGAAUGUGGAUCACGAGGACAGUAAGGAACUAUGCAGUGUAGAGUGUACAUCCUCAUCUAUUGCUGUCUGGGAUAUUCCGAAGUGUUCAGGACUUUGCAAUCCCGAGAAGAAGAUGUUGGAACUUCAUAAGUUAGACGUAUGUUCAAAAAGCCCGACUCUUCCAUCCGAGGGAGAAGAUGAUUAG